UUUGUUCUCGGCCCCCCAGUGUUCGGAGAGAUGUUGUAGAGGGAAUGUGUAAGAUUGUGCUAAAAUGAAUUUAUUUUGAGGCUAGAGCAGAGCCAUGGAGGUCAUGCCUGAAGCAGAGGAGGAGAGUGUUAAAUACAAGCCCGGCGGGCGUUUGGACAUGAGCCACGGGUUCCUGCGGCACAUCAGGAGGAAUCAGAUCGCCAGGGAUGAUUAUGACAGAGAAGUAAAGCAGGCUAAGGAGAAACAGAGGCGCAGACACACCACCACCCCUCGGCGUCCACGGAAACCCGACCGUCAGGUGUAUCACCCACGCCUCCGCAAUGGAUCUGAACCUGGUGCGAAUGCGGAGGCAGAGGACUGGAAUGAGAGCAGCUCUGGCACAGAGCAGGAGAACACUGCCACAGAGCUGUUCUGGCUCGAUUAUCAAGCUGACAACGGCCAAAUAACAUCUCUCAUUGUUCACAAGGAGGACAAGCCAGAAGUCAUUGUGCAACGCGUGGCGGAAAAGAACGCUCUGGACUCGGCCAUGAGGGCGGCGCUGUUGGCACGUGUGGGACAGGAAAUGGACAAGCGCUGUGACAAAUGCUGAGAGAAAGAGAGAGGCGCUUAAAUAAAAGUGGAGAACAAGGCACUGAGACACCGCUGAGCCAGAAUUAAACCUGAACUGCAUUUCUGUACGAUGGCACCAAGCAUGCAGCAUUCAUAGAUGUCUUGGAGAAGCCAUGCAUCCUAAUUAUGUGAAGGUGUAGCCUUCUUGAAAGAGAGUGGACUCGAAACUCAAGAGAAAUGACACUGUCAAGCAUGAAACUGAUCUUGUUUGAUCUAAAAUAGGAUGUAUUACAGAAAACAGGACCUGUAUUGUUCUUUCAACUGGAAACUGAAAUCCUUGUCACUCCUCACUUCACACUUGGGAAAGACGCUGGACAAAUGUUGAGAGCUCUAAGGCUUUUUACACCUGAGGUGACUUGCUGGCUCUCGUUUGUGAUGGGAAUUUUAUAACCGCAAGGUCUACAUUGCUUCACUAGGUCCCAUAAGUCUGUGUCUUGUAGACUUCCAGAAAAGAGUGUUUUUAUAUACGGUUUAGGCUGAAUCCCUACAGAAAUCAGGACAAAAAUGAAACCAAACUUCGAAUGCUUCCAGUCUGUUUAGUCUAAGCGAAGGUUUGAAGGAGUCAACCUAUUGCUGUCGUGUAGUUGCUAGUGGAAAUAGCUGAGGAAGUUCAAACAAAGUUUAAAGAAUGCUAAUAAGGUCCUCGUUGCUCUGAUAUUUAUAUCCAUGCAUUUGGAUAUCUGCCUUUUCCUUUUAUGUUCAUAAAUAUUCAUGUUGAUAUACUGAUAUAAAUAUCACAUUUUCGUCUGUUGGUGCUCAUGAUGUUGUAGAAACAAAAAAGGACCAAUGUGUCUCUUUUUUUCACCUCUUCAUUGUACAGGUAGAUUUUUAUUUUUGUAAUCGUGUUCCAACUGUGUACUCUUGUGUUCCUUGUUUAGAUUGCAGGAUGAAUUGUUCAUUCUGCCAUACAGACAGAUGAUGGCAGUGUGCACUAUGUUGACAUCGUGUGCAAAAAUAGAUUUUUCUUUCACUGA